GAGGUGUGUGAGUGGAGGCAAUAGAUAGUGAGAGAAGGAAGAAUAGAGAGAAUCAAAUCUCAAAGAAAACCUAACCAAAAUACUAAAUCCUCCUCAAAAAGCAAAGACAGAACAAAACCAAGUAAGAGCCACAAAAACCCCAAACACAAAAGAAAGAAAAAGUAUGAGUUUAGACAAACACAAAGUUAUAAACAAUAUUAUAGAGAGGCUUACAAGAGAGAGAAAAGAGUUGAUUAACAUCCAAAUCUCUCACUUUCAGCAAUAAUCACAAACACCUUGCACACACAACAAAGUUUAUGUACAGCUAGAAAAGAUAGAGAUAGGUAGAAGAAUAGGUAGAUAGAGUUGAUAUAAUCAUACAUAACCCAUGAAUUUCUUGUGUCUUUUUCUUAUCAAAUUUUUACAUUUAUAACAACAAAAAUUUCAUCUUUCGGCUUUCUUAAAUUGUGUUUAUAAAUGGAAGAAAAUACAUCACCUCAACCACCAGCACCACCACCACCAACUGAAGAAUUACUAAAGAAGAUCCAAGAGCUUGAAGCGGGGCAUGCUCGUCUUAAACAAGAGAUGUCUAAACUAAUACUUUCAAAUGAUACUUCUUCUUCUAGAAAGUCUGAACAUGGGCAUCAUCAUCAUAACAGCAACAAUCAAAGGGCUCAUUCAGUUUCACCAAGAAGAUCGAGAUUAUCAUCUGCUGCUUCAAUAACAAAAAAGGGGUUCGAAGUUUCGAGUAAUUGGAAAAAGGGUUCUGCUUCUUUUAAUCAUCAUUCAUCUCCUCUGCAAAGAGAAAGUAAGAAAAGGGAUGAUGAUGAUGAUAAUGACUCAUUCAGUCCUAAAUCACAAGGGAUGAUUAAAAAAUCAACUUUACCAAAUUUUACUGAUAAACAGUAUCUUAAUAUUUUGCAGUCAAUGGGUCAAUCUGUUCACAUUUUUGAUCUUCAUGGUCGGAUUAUCUACUGGAAUCCAAUGGCGGAAACCCUGUAUGGAUAUUCUGUGUCGGAAGCUAUAGGUCAGGAUGCAACUGAGCUUCUUACAGAUGUCAAUGAAUAUGAUGUGGCAAAUGAUAUUAUUCAGAGGAUAUCCAUGGGUGAGAGUUGGAAAGGACAGUUACAUGCUAAGAAUAAAUAUGGAGAGAGGUUUCUCUCGAUUUCAACCAAUACUCCAUUUUAUGAUGACGAUGGCAGUGUUGUAGGGAUAAUCUGUGUAUCAAGUGAUUCAAGAGCCUAUCAAGACUUUCUUAUGUCUGGGACGAAAUCAUUGGAAGCAAAUUCCAGCUACAGCAGGCCUAGCAGAAGUCCUUUAAAUAAAUCCGGUCUUGUUCCUCAGCAGCCUUUGCAAGUCGCAAUUGCCUCCAAAUUUUCAACUCUGGCAUCUAAGAUGUCAAACAAAGUCCGGACCAAAUUACGCUCUGGUGACAACAAUGUCGAACGGGAAGGUGGUAGUGGAGACAGCCAAUAUUCUGAUCAUUACUCUGACCAUAGAGAGGAUGGAAACUCAAGUGGAGCUAGCACUCCCAGAGGAGAUGUACCACCAACUGAAUUUGGUAUGUAUCCUCAUGUUGUAACUAUGGAGAAGUCACAGAGAAAGCCCUCUGCAGAUUCUGGUGACGAGGGAGAAGGGAAGUCUGGAAUUCACAGGGCAAUAACUUCAAAAGCGGAAGCUUGGAUGGGUAAGAAGGGGAUAUCAUGGCCUUGGAAAGGUAACGAAAGAGAUGGAGUGGAUCUGAGGACCACACGUUUUGUCUGGCCCUGGUUGAAUCAUGAUCAAGAAAAUGACACGGGACAUAAAAGGAGUUCAGAUUAUGGGGUUAAACCAGAACAGCAGGCUGGGGAUGGCCACAGAUCAGCUGCAAAUGAGGCUUCGGGUUCUUGGUCCUCAUUUAACAUUAACAGCACAAGUAGUGUAAGUAGUAGUGGAAGCACAAGUAGUACUGCUAUCCAGAAGGUCGAUAUGGAAAUAGAUUGCUUAGAUUAUGAAAUAUUGUGGGAAGACUUGUUGAUCGGAGAGCAGAUUGGCCAAGGUUCUUGUGGCACAGUAUAUCAUGGUCUGUGGUAUGGUUCGGAUGUUGCAGUCAAGGUCUUCUCGAAGCAAGAGUACUCUGAUGAUGUGAUACUCUCUUUCAGACAAGAGGUCUCACUUAUGAAGAGGCUGCGGCAUCCAAAUAUAGUACUCUUUAUGGGGGCUGUAACUUCACCUCAGUGCCUUUGCAUUGUUACGGAAUUCCUCCCACGUGGAAGUUUGUUUCGAUUGCUUCAGCGAGGCACAGCUAAACUAGAUUGGAGGCGACGUAUUAAUAUGGCUCUGGACAUCGCUCGUGGUAUGAAUUAUCUUCAUCAUUGCAAUCCGCCUAUCAUCCAUCGUGACCUGAAGUCCUCAAACUUGCUAGUUGACAAGAACUGGACAGUGAAGGUCGGUGAUUUUGGUCUGUCACGCCUUAAACGUGAAACAUACCUGACAACAAGGACAGGAAAAGGAACGCCGCAAUGGAUGGCUCCAGAGGUCCUUCGCAAUGAGCCAUCAGACGAGAAGUCCGAUGUAUACAGCUACGGAAUUAUACUAUGGGAACUCGUCACAGAAAAGAUUCCCUGGGAAAAUUUGAACUCAAUGCAGGUGAUUGGAGCUGUGGGCUUUAUGAACCAACAGCUGGAUAUUCCGAAUGAUUUAGACCCACAAUGGUUGUCUAUAAUGGAAAGCUGCUGGCACAGUGAACCACAGCAUCGUCCUACGUUUCAGGAACUUUUGGAAAAGUUUAAAGAUAUGCAGAGACAAUACACCAUUAGAUUCCAGGCAAACCGAGCUGCUAAUGGAGAUGCAACACCUAGGGUAUCAGAGACUUGACCGCACCAAGUAUAUUCAUGUAAAGGUACGGAGGUCAUUGACCUUUUGCUAUGAUCUCACUGAAUUCUUCGGACAAAGAAACCUCGGUCUCAAAGCUGUGAUCACCACGGUGCAUGCUUUCAGUAAGGCCGGUAUGGAAGCGUCGGGCCUCGUAUUGGAACUGAAUAUGUGCACAAUUGUCACCAAUUCUGUCGAUUUUUGACUCUCGGAAUGUGAUCUCAUAGCUAAAAGUUGCUCAAGUGCUUACUGCUGGAUACUGCGCAUGAGAAUCCGUAAAUGUUGUUCUGCAUCCAAGCUGCUUUAAAUGUGACGACGAUGAAGAAUUACGAAUGUGGUUUUGCCUGACUUCUGAAAACAUGUCAUAGUUGUCUGACAGCUAAUUACUUGAUUGAUUCAUACCAACUUCGCCAUUUCUCUAACCAUUUUUACACUGUAUUGGAUAUUGUCCAUAUAUUUCCACUUUUAGAUAUCUGUAUUAUUUGUUAGCAAUGAUUCGACCUUCGAUAAAAGUGAAAUCAAGGUCAGGCUUGACAUCUUAAAAGUUAGGAGAUGUUAAUUUCAAUGUUAAAUUUGUACAUUUUCAAAGAAUAUUAAUUGCUUCAGAUCAGGGAAAGAA